UGAUUUCUCCGUGCCAGCAGACAACUAGAAAAAAGAAAACGGUGACGCGUUGAACUAGAAAACAAGAAAACCGAGGAAGAGCACAAGAAAACGCAACGCAUCGCAAACAAAAGAAUCAAACGCUGUGAAGCGGCCUAAAUAACAAAAUACACACAUAGAAAAAAUAAAUAAAUUUCCCUAAUUUGCUGCAAUUGUGGGCGUCAUUACAAGCGCUCAUUUAUUUGUUAGUGCGUUAUUGUGUGUGUGCUUGUGUGGGUGUGGGUGACUUAAUACUUUAAGCAGUUGUCAUUUGGACAGCUGAAUGCGAUGAGCAUCAGCACAGAUCAGGAGACCGCUCCAAUAGCGGCCCCGCGAAAUGGCAGCACCUCGAAUAUGUUUCGCAGCUUUGGUUCGCUCUUCGGCGCUGGCGGCGGAUCAGAAGUCGCCCGACCACCGACGCCACAAUCGAGCGAUGGUUAUGUAGAGUUUGGCAUGCAGGAUCCGGAACGCAGCGGACGCACUCUGGGCACAUUUGCGGGCGUCUUCAGUCCGGUGGCGCUGUCCAUGUUCAGUGGCCUUGUCUUCAUACGUGUCGGUUAUAUCAUUGGCAAUGCGGGUCUAUAUGUGACCCUGCUGCAGUUUAUCAUCGCCUAUGCAAUUCUGCUGUUUACGGUUGCUUCGGUUUGUGCCAUUUCCACCAAUGGCGCAAUUGAAGGCGGCGGCGUCUAUUUCAUGAUAAGUCGCACAUUGGGCCUGGAAUUUGGUGGCUCCAUUGGCACGCUCUUCUUUUUUGCAAAUGUAGUGGGCAGUGCCAUGGCCAUCUCGGGCUGCACGGAAGGCAUCAUGGAUGACUUUGGACCGGGUGGCCUGUUUGCGAGCACAGACGGUCUGCCGGAUGGGAAGUGGUUUCGGUUUUUCGUUAGCAGCAUGAUCAAUACGUCCAUGUUGUUGGUCUGUUUGGUGGGUGCCGCCCUCUUUGCCAAGACGUCAGUGCUUAUUUUGGGAACUGUGACCGUUUGUCUAUUGGCAACGUUUAUCAGCUUUUUGGCAGUUGGCGCCACCGAUCAUACGAUCCUUGUGCCGUUAGCGAACACAAUCUACAAUAAAAGCAAUGAUUCAGUGAUUGCAUAUCUACCUUAUACGGGACUCAAUGCGACAACCUUGAGAGAUAACCUGGGCUCCCACUACGGACCGGAUUAUACAGCAAAUGGCAAAUUUGCGGACUUCUCAACCACAUUUGGUGUGCUAUUCGCGGGCGUUACGGGCAUUAUGGCCGGUGCGAAUAUGUCCGGUGAGCUGAAGAGCCCCUCGAAGAGUAUACCAUGGGGUACACUGUCCGCCGUCGGCUUCACCUUUGUCGCCUACGUCAUAUUGUCGUUCCUGAUGAGCUGCACGACGCCGUCGGUGACGAUGCGCAAUAGUUAUCUAUUCCUGAUGCCCGUCAAUCUCUGGCCACCAUUUACCGCUAUUGGCAUUUUGACGGCCACCUUUUCAACGGGCUUGAGCAAUCUGAUUGGCUCCAGUCGUAUUUUGGAGGCUCUCAGCAAGGAUCAGGUCUUUGGUCCACUGCUUAACUUUGUGCUUCGUGGCACCUGGAAGGGUAAUCCCAUUUGUGCUGUCGUCAUCAGUUGGGUGCUCGUCGAGUGUAUUUUGUUGAUUGGCUCGUUCAAUCUCAUUGCCCAGAUCAAUUCGGUGCUGUUUAUGCUCUCCUAUUUGGCCACUAAUCUUGCGUGUUUGGGCAUUGAGCUGACGGGUGCUCCCAAUUUUCGGCCACUGUUCAAAUACUUCACGUGGCACACGUGUCUCAUUGGUCUGCUGGGCACGCUUAUCAUGAUGUUUGUCAUCAAUCCAAUCUACGCAUCCUCAAGCAUUAUAUUGUGCCUGAUCCUGGUCAUUGCACUGCACCUCUUCUCUCCAGCUACGCAUUCGGCGCAGUGGGGCUCCAUUUCCCAGGCGUUGAUGUUUCAUCAGGUGCGCAAAUACUUGCUUAUGUUGGAUCCACGCAAGGAUCACGUCAAAUUUUGGCGUCCACAAAUUCUGCUAUUGGUCUCCUCGCCACGUUCCUGCUGUCCACUGGUCGACUUUGUCAACGAUCUGAAGAAGAGCGGCCUCUACAUCAUUGGCCACGUCAAGCUGGGCGACUUCAGUGGCGCCGAGGAUGCCGUCGAUACCCAGCCGUGGUGGUUAUUCCUCGAUCACAUGCGUGUCAAGGCUUUCACCGAGGUUACCAUCAGUCGCAGCAUACGCGAGGGUGUUCAUCAUUUGAUUCGUUUGUCUGGUAUCGGUGCGAUGAAGCCAAACACGAUUAUUUUGGGCUUCUAUGAUAACGAGGCGCCCAAGGAUUUCUUUCAAAAUGGCACAUCGCCCUAUAAAACGGAUGGCUUUAACGAGGGUGAAACCCAUAACUUUCCCAUACGUCACGAUGGCGAAACGAAACAUUUUGAGGUGCAGGAAUAUGUGCAUAUCCUUUGCGAUACGCUGCGCAUGAAGAAGAAUCUGUGCCUGUGCCGCAACUUCCAGCGCCUGGACAAGAACUUUAUAGCCAUAAGCAAGCAUGUAAAGUAUAUUGAUGUUUGGCCCAUCAACGUAUUCAAUCCCACGUCGGGUGAUCCCUUCGAUGUGGUCUCCUUGUUCAUGAUGCAAUUGGCUGUGAUUAUGUUGGCCAAAUGGAAACACUUGCGUGUGCGCAUCUUUCUGUGCGAGACAAAUGAGUCGCGCACCAUAAGCACCUUCGAUACGCAUGCACCACAAAUGGACGUGUUCUCCAAGUUGAAGCUGGAGCAAUCGCUAAAGGAGCUGCGCAUCAAGGCGGACAUUUUGGAGAUACAGGAAUGGAGUCGAGAUACGGAAUUCACGCAACAAGCACGCAUACUCAAACAGUUUACGGCCCAAGCGGACGAUGCGUUGCUGGACGAUGGCGAUGAAAUCGCUGAGGAUAAAUUCAAUCGUUCGCUGCUCUACAUGCAGCGUGUGAAUCAAAUAAUACGCGAUCGUUCCGAUCAAACGGCCUUAUCCUUCAUCUAUUUGGCGGCGCCACCGAAACCCACAUUGCCGGACUUUAACGAUCGCAGCGCCAACUAUGUGGAGCUACUUACCGAAUUAACCGCCGAUCUGCCGCCAACGAUUCUGGUGCAUGGCGUUAGCACAGUGACGUCGACAACGCUUUAAGCACCCAACUUCCCAUGCACCCUCCGUCUCUUGUGACUUUUCUCGCUGUUGAGAUUGUAGGCGCACAGUGAUAUCAAAAUGCAUUGCAUACUCCCAACAUAUACAAACAUAUACAAAAUGAAGCCGACUAUAUAUAAAAACCGGAUUCAAUCAAAUUUAGCUCGUUAGUUCGUUCGUCCGUUUGCUCUCUAUCUUUCCAUCUGUUAAGUGCCUUAGGGCCUAUAUAUAGAUAUGUAUGUCUAUAAUUUAUAAUUAUUAUGUAGUUGUGUGUGUUGUGAGUAGGCUGAAAGCUGUGUAGUAAAGCAUAUUUGUACAACCACUUGUAACUUAUUUUAAAUUGCUUAGUACACAACGACGACAACAACAACAAUCACAACAACUCUAAUAUCAUCGAAACACUUUGUACCAAUUAUCAUAUCAGUAAUUCUCAAAUUAACACAUACUUUUAUAUCAAUAUACAUAAUAUUACACUCCAUUUAACACCAAACAGAUAUGCGGACCAAAUUGUUCUCAGUUCGAUAUUAAAACGAUUUGUGAUUCGAGAACCUAUCUCUUUUUAUGACAAGAAAAGAAGAAGAAAGUAUUAUAAAAACCUUUAAUUUUGGUUACGCUAAAACAUAGAUAUCAUGUAGCUUUUAGUUUUAUAUUUAUUUGGUGCAAUUCACAGUCGGUUGAUUACUGUUGCAGACUUUUAACAAUAAUAUAAUAUAAUAUAUAUAAAUAUAUACAUAUUUAUUUAUAUUAUGUAGUGAAUGUGAAUAACCAAUCCCGUAUGUUAACGUAUACACUUACAUCAAUGUAUUCAUUUCUUUUCAAGUAUAAUAAAAUUAGCGUUAUGACUUUACUA